GGGUUGGUGCGCAGUAGGAGCUCCGGGUCACCAGUGUGUGGACGAGCCAAGCCAGAUCUCCCGCUUCUGAACGUCGUGCUUUUAUUCUUUGUUUCGACUUUUGUUCAUUCCCCGAGGAAUUGAAAAAGAUCCAUCAUGGCCACCGAAAUCCGCCAGAACUACAGCGAGGACUGUGAGGCCCUCAUCAACAAGCAGAUCAACAUGGAAUUGUAUGCCAGCUACGUCUACCUGUCCAUGAGUCACUAUUAUGAUCGAGAUGAUGUUGCUCUUCCUGGUAUGUCCCAUUUCUUCAAGAAGGGCAGUGAUGAAGAGAGAGAGCAUGCCGAUAAGCUUAUGAAGUACCAGAAUAGCCGCGGUGGAAGGAUCGUACUUCAGGCCAUAGCAGAACCAACACUUCAGGAAUGGGGCAGUGCUUUAGAUGGACUCCAUGCAGCUUUAGAUCUUGAAAAGCAAGUGAACCAGAGUUUGUUGGACCUCCAUGGCACAGCAUCAACUGCAAAUGAUCCUCAUUUAACCAAGUUUUUGGAAGAUGAAUAUCUUCAUGAACAAGUGGAGUCCAUCAAGGAGCUUGGAGACUUGAUCACCAAGCUGAAGAGAGCUGGACCAACUGGACUUGGAGAAUAUCUCUUUGACAAGGAACUGAGCUCAUAGAUCACUACUUUCCUUCAUCAUAGCCCAAGAACAAGAUCACGUUUUAAAUGUUGUGAAUAUGAGCUAUGUUGUCUCUUAACAUCAGCAAAUGUCUAAAAAUCUUAGUUUGAGACCACAAUUCUUAAGAAGCUUUUACACUGUGGUUCUUUGGUGCUGAAUGUAGAAGCAAUUGUAGUUUAUCCUAGCCAUCAUUUCAGACAACUUUUCAAGGCUUUAUGUUCUAGUUGUAUCAAAGAACUCUUAAGUUGUGAUUUAUGACUUUUCUUUUGAGUAGUUUUGUUACAGAUCAGGAAUGAAGGUGGUGGUCUUCAAUUUGUUAAUGUUAAAAUGAAUAAAAGGUUAUGAAGGAUAAUAA